AUGUCGCUUCUCCUGGCUUUGAUCGGUGUUGUGGUCGGAGUGGUUGUUGCGAGCAACCUGCUGCUAAGGUGGAACGAGCUGAGGUACGGCAGGAGGCGGAAUGGGUGCCUACCGCCGCCGGGGACAAUGGGGUGGCCGCUGUUCGGCGAGACCACCGAGUUCCUCAACCAGGGCAUGAGCUUCAUGAAGGAGAGGAGGCUCAGAUACGGGAGGAUUUUCCGGACGCACGUCCUAGGGUGCCCCACGGUGGUGUGCAUGGACCCCGAUCUCAACCGGCGCAUGCUGCUCCAGGGCGAGUCCAGCGGCCUGGUCCCGGGCUAUCCGCAGUCCAUGCAAGACAUUCUCGGCCGCAACAACAUCGGUGCCUUGCAUGGCUCAAUGCACCGGUUCAUCCGCGGCGCCAUGCUCGGCCUCGUGCACCCUGCUGCGAUCCGAGCCAGCCUCCUUCCCAAGAUCGACGCCUUCAUGCGCUCCCACCUCGAUGGAUGGUCCGGCUCCGUCGUCGACAUCCAGGCAAAGACCAAGGAGGUGACCUUGCUAUCUAUGCUCAGGCAAAUCGCCGGCAUCACCGCUGGCCCGCUCUCUGAUGCCCUCAAUACAGAGUUCUGCACCCUUGUGCUCGGCACCAUCUCCUUGCCCAUCAACCUUCCAGGGACCAGGUACUACCAGGGCUUGCAGGCGAGGAAGAAGCUCGUGUCCAUGCUACAGAAGAUAAUCACGGAGCGGAGGUCCACUAUUCAAGCUCACGGUGACAUGUUGGAGGCUCUAUUGACAAGUGGCGAUGACGGGACCAGGGAAAAGCUCAGUGAUGAGCAGAUCAUUGACUUGAUCAUGACCAUUAUUUACGACGGGUAUGAGACCAUGUCGACGACCUCAAUGAUGGCUGUCAAGUACCUGUCCGACCACCCACGGGCUCUCCAAGAACUAAGGAGAGAGCAUCUUGAUAUUAGGAAGGGAAAAUCGCCGGAGGAGGCUAUCAACUACGAGGAUUUCAAGUCCAUGGCCUUCACUCGAGCUGUCAUCUUUGAGACGCUAAGAUUAGCCACAGUCGUGAAUGGGCUACUGAGAAAAACUACUCAGAAUGUAGAAAUGAAUGGGUUUGUCAUUCCAAAAGGCUGGAGAAUCUAUGUUUACACAAGGGAAAUAAACUACGAUUCGUUCAUGUACUCUGACCCGAUGACCUUCAACCCAUGGAGAUGGCUGGAGAAGAACAUGGAAUCACACCCACACUUCAUGUUGUUCGGGGGAGGCAGCCGGAUGUGCCCUGGGAAGGAGCUGGGCACGGCUGAGAUUGCAACUUUCCUACACUAUUUUGUGACUCGAUACAGAUGGGAGGAGGAAGGCAAGAACACCAUAUUGAAAUUCCCCCGGGUGGAAGCUCCCAAUGGGCUACAUAUCCGAGUUCAAGAUUACUGAUCUUGCAACAUACAUUUUGCUUAGUUUAGAUUGGUUAGACCCAGACAGGGACGAUCAGAGUGUGAUUCCGCGCCAAUGAACGGAUUAGACCAGGCUUGUAAGAAAUAGGGAUAAUACAGGUGCUAUGUGCUAAUUAGGGAAUAAUUGAGGAAGAAUGCUCUUGUGUUAUUUUUGUUCGAUCAAUUCUUAGACCGAAAUAAAUGUAUCAUGUGCCGCCGGCGCAAAAAAAGAAGAUAAGAAAUAUGC